AUGUCGGAGACGGUUGGGGCGUUACACCGAGACGAUGGUUCGCAGACUUCGCCUGACAAUACAUCGUCAAUAUCCGACGACACAAGCACAGAACGAGUGGCAUAUACACCGUCCCAUUCUCCCGCACCACCUGAGUCCCUAUUCCCCUCUUGGCUCAACCCGGCCUACAUCGGACACCUGCGAGAUGCCAGAGAACGUAAACUUGAGGAUCUGAUUAAAGAGCUGGUCGAAUCCAGAAGUCGGAUGAGAGCGCUGCUCUACCGUGCAAAAGAGCCUGCAGACCCUUCCCUAUUGACAUCGGAAUGGACCUGGGAGGACGAAGUGCGAGAAUUACAAGAGCAAAUGAGUGGUCUGAGAAACUUUAUUUUUGAAUUACAUACAGCGAUCGAGCUUUCUCGUCAGCACUCUGAUGCCACAGAAGCACCUCACGAUGCUGCUACAGUCCAAGGCAAAUCACCAAAGCAAAACCCCAGCGCUAGAGGGCCUCCUUCCCAAAGCGUCAAGUCCCAUACCGAGCUUCCCAAGGACGACGGCAAUCUCACCCAACGGGAGCUCAGUCUGCAAUCUCAAUGUGACACUCAGCAACUACAACUUUUCCAACUCGCCCAAGCUCUGGCCACAGAGAAAAGCGAGACCGCGGAACUCCAAAACCAGCUCCAGGAAGAGAAAGAGGAAAACCGAGCAUUACUUCAGCAAUAUGGACGUGUUCAAUGGGAAAGGGUCAAGGCCGAACGUCAAGCUCAGCACGUCAAGGAAAGAUUCAAGUCGCUCACCCGAACUGCCAAAUCUCACAUGUAUCACAAUGAACACGAAUUGACAAGACUGAGGGGACAACUAUCCGAAUUACGGACGUCCCAAGCCUCACAAUCAUCAAUAGAAGACAUGAACGCCUCAACUCCUUCUGAACAACCGCAAUUGCACAGCACCUCAGCUCUCUCUCAAGAGCCCGAACCGCACAGCUAUAUCGCGGAUCACAUGGCAGAAAUAGCUUAUGAAGAAGGCCGUUGGGCAUUCGAAGAAGACAGCAGUACGGAUGGUGAGGCUGAUGAUCAAUACGAGAUUGAUUAUGAAGAGCAGAUGGAGAAUAAAUGCAGAUCUCUCAAGUCCAAAAUCAAGCGUCUCAAGCAAAUGCUGCUGAUUGAGAAGAAGAGGACCAAAGACGCAAAGAGCUUGCUUGAGAUGGCCGUCAAGAAUGGUCAAUAUUGGCAUAGGCGUUUCGAGCAGAAAUGCCUUUGCGAGGAUGAGAUCGGUGGUAAUUGA